ACUUAUACUAGCAAUGGACUUUUGAUGUCGAUUGGUUAGGGCAGUGGUUAUGGAGCUAAAUCUUUUCUGUUUUCUGAAAGCCCGAUUUUGAGCAAAACAUAGAUGGCGCACCAUCCGUACAAACCCCACAGCCAUUCUAACCAAUUUUAAUCAUCCAGUUUCAAAAAAGGUAUUUAUUUUCUCCAUGCUAUCUUCACAAAAGAGCAACUCUUCUUUGCUAUCAUCCGCAUGAAUACAGACACAGACCAGCAACUGCGAACACGAACUCACGUCUGUUGAUUUAUCAACUUGAAAAGCAAACAAUGGAUAUAGGAGUAGCUCUACAAGAAAAUAAAAGAAUGUCUAAACCAACAAACUGGGCCAUUUGUGGAGCUGGACAAAUCUCAAAUGAUUUUUGUAUCUGCGUGAACUCAUUGCCAAAAACAGAACAUUCAAUCUUAGCUAUUGCAGCAAAAGACCAAGCUAGAGCCAAAGAGUUUGCAUCACUACACAGCAUUCCUAAAAGUUUUGGUUCUUAUGAAGAACUACUUCAAGUUCCUAACUUAGAUAUAGUAUACAUUGGAACUAUUCAUCCAUUUCAUGUAGAAACAUGUCUUCUUUUUCUCAAUGCUGGAAUUAAUGUAUUAUGUGAGAAGCCAGUAGCAUUAUCAAUGGAGGGCUGCCAUAAAGUCUUAGAUGCUGCGAAAAAAAAUAAUGUUCUUUUUGUUGAGGGUUGGUGGAGUAGAUUUUUUCCUGUCUACAAAUUUAUGAGAGAAGAGGUUCUAGUCAAGGGUGCAAUAGGUGAUGUCAAAAUAAUAGAGGCUUCAUUUUGUGGACCAAAGUUGACCCAGAAACGUCUUGACAAAUGGCAACUUGGAGGAGGAGGAUUGACAGAUAUUGGAGCAUAUGGUAUUCAGGCUGCUAAUAUGUUCUUUAAAGGAAAACCAUCAAUAGUUAAAGCUGAGGUUGCAUAUACUGAAACGGGUGAAGAUAAAUCUGGUGUUAUACUGCUUAAGUAUCCCAGUGGACAGCUGGCUUGUUUAAACUAUUCUAUGGAGACAGCUGAAGGAGUGAAUCACUUGAUCAUUCGUGGCACAAAAGGAAAUGUGGUGAUUCCUGAUAAGCUGUGGUGUCCAACUCAGGUCUAUAUUAAUGGAAAAAAGCAUGAAUUUCAAUUACCAGAGGUUAAAGACAAAGAAAAAUUCAAUUUCACCAACUGUGAAGGAUUCACCUAUGAAAUACAAUGUAUACGCGAGUGCCUAUUAAGAGGUGACAAAGAAUGUUCUACAGUGCCACAUGAAGAUACAGAAGUCAUCAUGUCUGUACUUACAGAUGUUUUAAAACAAGUUGGAAUAAAGUAUAGCUCUUUAUAGUAAAAAUGUAUUGCAUUUUUCUCUGUAAAUUAUAUUUCUAAGAUAUUGUUUUUUAUUUAGCAUCACAAUGUUAUGUAGUGUUGAUAAAUUACUUGAAAAGAAAGAAACAAUAGCCUGAUGAUGAUUACCCAGAUUUAACUCCUAUAUGUUUUUACUUUCAAAUGUAUUUAGUGUCUUGUAUUUUAGCCCAUAAAAAUUUCCAUAACUGUAUGCAGUUUAAUUAAUUAAAUGAUGCUGGAUGAAA